AUGAAAUAUUACAAAAAAAAGGACUCUACAACUUCAAUUCGUAAUAGGCGUAAUAGGCGUCAUUCACCAUAUAAUUACUCAACACAGAAUAAUAAUUCAAGAACAUCGUCUUCUAAAAAUGACACUUUUAUAUCAAAACCACCAAGCUCAUCAAACGAUAGCAAUAAUGAUUCACUAUCUUUAGAUGACUUAAUGAAUAGGCUUUUUAUAAAUACUCACAAAUCUAUGGUGGAUCUUGAAGAAUUUAUUCGGAAGCUGAAUAAACAAAAUGAAAAAUUGACAAAAAUAAUAGAAAAGCAGAGUGAAGAAUUGAAAGAGUUAAAAACAUAUUUGAAAACACUGAAUGAAAUAUUGAAAUCACUAGAUGCGAAGUAUAUAACGCAUAGGCCGUUGAUUAGUACAGGCAUACCGAUAGUUUUCAUAAGUCCUGUGAUUCUAUUGUUGAGAAUGUUACAGUGA